UCUUCGGCCAAGUGGGAUGAAGCGAGUCUCCUCCCUGAGAUUCCCCCUGCCGGGCCUCGGGGCGGUUGGCCUGUAGCUCUCAACUGCCGGGCGCCUGGAGGCUGCCGCUGGCCUGUGCUGCAGCGUCUCUUUCGGUGUAGAUGAAUAAACCUAUUGGAAUAUGGAUUGUUCUUCAAAUAAGAUUCCAUUAUGGAUGACCAAAGAGACCAGCGUGAAUGAGCUGGAUGACAAAAAGAGAAAUCCAGUCCAGCGGAGUGUCCUGGAAGACGACCUUCCUUUCUUAGAAUUCCGUGGCUCCGUUGUCUACAGCUGUCAUGCCAGUGAUUGCUCUUUACUCUCUGAGGAUAUUAUUGCAACCUUGUCUGAUGGAGCUGUCCUGGGAUUUGACAUUGAAUGGAUGCCAUCCUAUAUUAAAGGGAAGGAAGGAAAAGUUGCCUUAAUCCAGCUAUGCGAGUCUGAGAAAAAAUGUUACCUGUUUCACGUCUCAACCAUGUCAAGCUUCCCUGUGGGACUGAAAAGGCUGCUUGAAGAUAAAAGUAUAAAAAAAGCAGGGGUUGGUAUUGAAGGAGAUAAAUGGAAGCUGAUGCGUGAUUUUGAGAUCCGAUUGGAGAACUUUGUAGAGUUGGCUGAAGUUGCCAACGAAAAGCUAAAAUGUAAGGAGGUCUGGAGCCUGAACAACCUCGUAAAACAUCUGUUCCACAAACAGCUUCUGAAAGACAAUUUGAUCCGCUGCAGCAAUUGGGAACAAUUUCCGCUCACAGAGGAGCAGAAGCUGUAUGCCGCUACUGAUGCAUAUGCCGGCUUCCUCAUUUUUCAAAAAAUGGCAAAUAUGAAUAGUCUUAAGCAGUUGCGGCUUGGUAUAGAAGGAGAUGGGGUAUUUCCGCAGAAUGACAUUAAGAAGGAAUUAAGCUCUUUAUCAGAAAAGAUGAUGGAUUUGGCUCAUCACCUUCCUGACUCUUUUGAACAAUCUACAAAUGUUCAAAGAGCUGCAGAAAUAUUGAGCGGUAUAUCAGAAAGCAUUGAAGCCUUAAAAAGAUCAUUGGUGGUUGAUUCUGAUUGCCAAGCAGAACGGAGAGUUGUUGCAGAAUCAGGAACGGGAUGUGGUAAAGAAAUAAAAACUGAAACAGCUGGAUUGGAUUCCAGGACUGUAUGUGAUUUCAUGGACUCCGUAGACAAUGAAGUAGCUGGUGUCCAAAAAGAAACCCUGACAGAAGGAAAACUUGUUAUGGGAAAACAAGUAGAUAGUAUUUCAGACAGAGGACCUAAAGAAAUUGCAGGAAGAGACUGCUUAAUGUCAUUGGACAUAACUGAAUAUGAACUUCAGAUGCUGGAGCGUCAAGCCCAAGACGAGCUGCUAAACGAAGCCACUUGUAUGUCAGAGGAUUUAAGCUUCGUAGAAGAGGCAGAGAAUUCUUCUUGCACCAUUGAACGUGAUGAUGACUUGGAGAUGGAGAUGAUUAAAUCUUUAGAAGGUGUAGACAAGCACCAUGUGGAUUCUGCAGACUCCCCGCUGGGUAAAACCAGGAGACAAAGUGAUGCUGUUGCAGAUAAUGAAGAUGAAGACAUUGAGGAGGAGGAAGAGGAGAGCUGGGAUUCCUCCUUAUGUGGACCAAACGAUAAGCAAAUCACUUGCCUAAAGACCUAUUUUGGACAUUCAAGUUUUAAACCGGUCCAGUGGAAGGUGAUCUCUUCAGUGUUGCAAGACAGAAGAGAUAACCUUGUUGUUAUGGCAACUGGGUACGGCAAGAGUUUGUGCUUCCAGUUUCCACCUGUAUACACCGGAGGUACUGGAAUUGUCGUAUCUCCCCUUAUUUCUUUAAUGGAGGACCAGGUACUGCAACUCGAGAUGUCGGGAAUUCCAGCUUGCCUGCUUGGAUCAGCACAGUCAAAAAAUGUCCGAAGAUCUAUCGAAGCAGGCUGCUACAGAGUUGUCUAUGUAACACCAGAGUUCUGUUUGGGGAAUUUGUCAUGGUUUAAAGAACUUGAGCGAUCCAUUGGUCUCACACUGAUAGCUGUUGAUGAAGCACACUGCAUUUCUGAAUGGGGGCAUGACUUCAGGAAUUCUUUCCGGUCAUUGGGGUCAUUAAAGGAAACUCUUCCCAAGGUUCCUAUUGUUGCUCUGACUGCAACAGCCAGCCCUUCCAUUAGAGAGGACAUUGUGCGCUGUCUCAACUUAAAAGCUCCUCAGAUGACAUGUACUAGCUUUGAUCGGCCUAACCUGUACUUAGAAGUUGGACGAAAAACGGGAAAUAUUGUUCAAGAUCUACAGCAGUUCCUUAUUAAAAAAGAAAAAUCUACAUACGAGUUUGAAGGUCCCGCUAUUAUUUACUGCCCUUCAAGGAAGCUCACCGAACAGGUAGCCGCAGAGCUGUCAAAACUGAACCUUCGGUGCUGUACAUAUCACGCUGGCAUGGGAAUCAAAGCAAGGCGAGAUGUCCACCAUAGUUUCAUGAGAGAUGAAAUUCAGUGUGUAGUAGCUACUGUAGCCUUUGGAAUGGGCAUCAAUAAACCAGACAUCCGGACAGUUAUUCAUUAUGGCGCUCCAAAGGAGAUGGAAUCAUACUACCAGGAAAUAGGAAGGGCUGGUCGUGAUGGGCUUCCAGCCUCUUGCUGCGUAUUGUGGUCCUCCACUGACACGAUUUUGAACAGACACCUACUCAGUGAGAUAUGCAAUGAAAAAUUCCGAAUGUACAAACUCAAGAUGAUGGCCAAGGUCAAUAAAUAUCUUAGUUCAAUCAGCUGCCGGCGAAAAAUCAUCUUGUCUCAUUUUGAAGACAAACAACUCCGAAAGGCCUCCUCGGGCAUCAUGGGGACAGAAAAAUGUUGUGAUAAUUGCAGAUCCAGGAAUAUUCACUCUGUUUAUGGAGUUGACACAGAAGACACUUUGCAAGAUUUUGGUCAGCAGGCUUACCUAUUGAUGUCUGCAGUAUGUGCCUUAAAUGAGAAAUUUGGCAUGGUUGUUCCAGUCCUGUUUCUCAGAGGAUCUAAUUCGCAACGUCUGCCGGACAAAUACCGAACCAAUGCUCUUUUUGGCAGUGGGAGGGACUGGCCGGAGAACUUGUGGAAGGCACUGGGCCGGCGGCUUAUCGUGGAGGGCUUUCUUAAAGAGGUUUCUGGGCAAAGCAAAUUUUCAACCACAUGCAAGCUGACUCGGAUGGGAAGCGAGUGGCUUUGUAAAGCUAGAAGCGAAUCUGAGCGAAAGCUGCUGCUACAACCUGAUGAGGAACUUUAUGUCAUGAAACCUAAUGUCAGCUAUCAACAAUCACCUAUGGCUGCAGGACGUCUCUCCGAUGCAUCUAAGCUGAUGCCUGAAAAGACAUCUUUGCAGGAAAUGUUCUCCUAUCAAGAAGCAAAUAAAGUCUCUAGGGGGAGUUCGUUUCCAAAUCCAAGUUCCAUAGUGCAGACACCAGCUAAACUACUUCCUGUGCCCCUGGCCCCUAAAGAAUCUGCUAUAUCUCCAAGGGAGAAGGAGUUGCAGACGGUUCUAUAUGGCAAGUUAGUGGCAGCCAGGCAAAAACUAGCCAGUGAGAAGGACAUCCCUCCUGCCAUUUUAGCAACGAACAAAGUGUUGGUGGACUUGGCCAUGAUAAGGCCUACGACGGUAGAGAAUGUGAAGAGAGUUGAUGGUGUUUCUGAAGCAAAGUCUGCCGUGUUGGUUCCACUCCUGAGCACAAUCAAGGAAUUCUGUCAAGCAAAUAAUCUCCAGUCAGACAUCUUCAAGACUUGCGGAUCCAGGGCUCAGCCGCAAAUUGUCCUUCCCUUGAAAGAUGGCACCAGCACUUUAACACAAUCGGAGCACAUAACAUAUACACUUUUCCAAGAAAAGAAUAUGUCAGUGAGGAGCAUAAGUGAAAAGCUGUCUUUACCUAUUACGGUGGUUGGCACUCAUUUAUCCCAAGCUCUGAAAGCUGGCUACCCGGUAAACGUAGAACGCGCUGGCCUGACUCCUGAGAUACAAGAGCUGAUCACGAAAGUUAUCCAAAACCCUCCCAUCAAUUCAGAUGUAACAAAAAUGAAAGACAUUUGCGCCUUAGUUCCGACAAAGAUUGAGCUGUACCUUGUAAGGAUGACUGUUGCGCUUCUGGAAAGGGGACUCGGGAGGCAGCCGCUGGACUCUCAGAAGGACUCAGAGAAACAAAGGCUGCCUCGAGAAUCAGGAGGGCUGCAGUCAAGGCCAGGAUCCUUACAGGAAAAAGAAGAGGAGAUUGUGUGGAUUGAAGCAAAGGCAAAGAAUGCAAAUAGCGGUAAUGAAGAGCAGUUCCCUAAGGUCAAGCAGGAGGUCCAGGUCCAUCAGAGCUCUAUCCAGUUUGCAUCAUGGAAUCAGCCUUUGAUCAGUCCUGAGGAGGAAGACCUCUUUACAGAUUCCCAGUCACAGAUCUUAAGUCAGCCUUCAAAAAGGAAGCUACCAGAAUGGUUUGGGACUUCACAGAGAACUGAUCCUCAUGUUAAUACUUCCAAGAAAUCCAAGGGAGGAGGAAGCAAAGGUCUCUUUGGCUGAAUUUGGAGAUGUUGAAGGGCUUCGAAGUUCAUUUUCCUACUACAUUUAGUCUGAUUGAAAUGAAUUGUGCAAUAUAUGGAAACUUCAUUUUUUAAAAAUGGAACAUUGUGGCAAAUACCUUGUGUAUUUUUUACACAGAGACAUGACUGGAUAUAACUUUUUAAAAAGAGAACUGCUCAUUCUUUAACCUGUUCAUAUACAGGACUUACCAAGUCAAAAGACUGAUCCCAAGCAGAAGAAAAAUAAUGGAUGGUUUGAGUCAGAUCGUCUGUUGCUGCAAAGUUAUUCCUUUCAAUGUAUGCCCUGCCCAGUGUCUGUGUAAAUACAAGGACACACUCUGAAUGCACUUCUGAGACAAGGUGAAUGCAAGUAACCAGCCGGUUCUCUUCAGCUAUGCUACAAAUGUCAGUAGGACCAAUGCUGUAUUAACUGAACCAAUUCUCUUACUCUUUAUGUAUCUUACUAUUUUUCUAAAGACAUUAGUCAUACAGGAAAGUAUGACCCAACAAGAUAAUAUUGUUGUGGUACAUAAGCAACCUGUAGUUGCCUUUCUUUCAUUAUUAUUAUUAACAUUUUUUCUUCAGUGUCAGUGAAUUUUGUCACUUUCUUGUAAAAUUAAAAUUGUUUA